UUUGAAACGACAGGCUGUGGUCUAUCUUAGUUUAGUUAUAAAAGUAUUUGCUCUCGCUCUGAUAUUGCUCGUUCUGAUAUUUGUUCAUUUAUUGUUUCUUAUUUUUCUGGGGGGUGGGUUAUUUGUGUAUUAGUAUUGUAUACUUACUGCACUGCUGGAGCUAGAAGUAAGCAUUUCGCUACACCUGCUCAUAUGUGUACGCGACAAACUUUGAUUUGAUGUGUUACAUCUAAAUAGGUCCCCCACAGUCUUGUUCGACAACGUACACACACAGUGGCACACAUCGGCAAAAAUUGUUGGCAUUUUCGAUCACCUUAUCACAGUUCCAGGUGACUGCAGUGGAGAGACAUGCAAAAACAAAUGUCUGUGGGGAAAGGUCCCCCUCUUCCUCUCCCCUCUCUGCGCCUCAUGGUCCCACCACUACGGCUGGUCUCAGCAGCCAUCUGGCAAACGGUCCAGCAAAGACAGGUGAUGGAUUAUGGGAUGCUGGAAGAGUUUGUUACCAUGGUCACAGAGAUGGUUCCAGAGCUUCUGAACAACAGUCAGAGGGCCCAACUUAUUCUGGGUCUUCGAGCACGGCUGGUCCUGGAGUUGUGUUGCUCCAAGCCGAUCACAGACCUCCAGACCAUUCAGCCACACCUGGACAGGAUACAGACCCUCACACCUCUCUGGGGGACACAGGCUGAUGAUGGAGAUUUAUCAGAAUCCAACUUUCUGGGUUUGAUUCAAACCCUGCUGAAAGACCCAGAUGAGAUGGAACACUUCUUUCAGGAUGUUUUUCCUGUGGAAUUUGGUCCCAAAUAUGAUGCAGCAAUAGAGAAACUCAUGUGUCAGUUUCUUUCAAGACUUGAGAAGCUACUUCCAGUAUCAAACUUUCAACAGGCUGCGUUCCUGCUCAGCGAUGUCCCCUCUGUUCUGGAAGAAUGUGUUGAGUCUGUGUCUCACCCUCAACAGCUGAAAACCCUGCUUCAAUACCACAGAGACCUCGGCCAGCUGGACAACCAUGAUACUCUGUCUUCCACCGAUGGGGACUGCAUUCUCUCAGCUCUCUGUCUCCCUCCUGUAGAAAGGGUGGUGAUUGCAACAGAACAGACAGAAUCAGAAACACAGGUUUCAUCCUUGAAUGUCUUCAUGGAUACAUUCACCAAAGAGUUGGAGGUGGACUCUGCAACACUGACAGAGUACACAGAGAUGGAACCGGGGACAAGUAUGGAUGUAGUAGAAAGAGAGGAGAGCGUGGAAUGUGAGAGAAACAACAAACUAUCUAUAGAGUUCGCUGACCCUGUGGAACAUGAGGACAUGGAGGUUCAUGCCGGUAAUGAAGAAGAGAAUGUUGUGGGGAUUGGACCAGUAAAAGAUGAGACGGAAGAUAUUGUUGAAGAGGUGGACUCCAGGUACGAAACAGUGAUGGUUAUCGGGGCAGAUGGGGUGGCACAGCCUUAUGAAGAUUUAAGAGUCAAAAGGAAGAGAUCUUUCAGAAAGCCCAAACUAACGACACAUAAAGCCAGGGGAAGUCAUGAAGAACAAAUUAAAAUAAUAUCCUCCAUGCUUCACAAGCCUUCAGUGAAGCUACAAAGGAUUGACACAACUAACCUGAUGUUGCCCUGUAGACCAGUUAGACAAAACAGGGGGCGUAAGAUGAAAACGUUGCUAGCACGAGAACGGAAACAAACCGAAACAGAAUUGUUAGAAGAAAAAACAUUAAAGAAAUGCCCAAUUUGUGGGAAGACUUUCAGUCGAGGUGCAGAAAUGAAGUGGCACCAGAAAAUCCACACAGGGGUGCGCCCAUUUCAGUGUCUCCAGUGUAGGAAGCGCUUCCAGUGCCAUUUUGAUCAGACGAGACAUCAGCAAAAUGUGUGUAAAGUAGUUGUGUCAAAACCUAAAGGUGAAACACACAAGCAGUUCGAAGGAAAUGAUGAAAGACCUGAAAUGUUGAAUAAGAGUUACAAGGACCCGCAGAGCUCGGAGAAGCUGAGAGUCAAAUGUGAAAAAGACUUAAAGAAAAGACGUAGCAGAUCUCCAGCUAGUGGUGAGAAGGACUCUGAGAUGUCCAGCGAAACAGUCCAGAAACCUGAGGGAGUUGACACAGAGCCGUCCAGUGGAACUCCUCUCGAGGCAACACCUGAGGACAGUGACUCAUCCUCUACCAGUACACCCCAAGACCCAUCUUACGAACCUAGCCAGACUGAAAAACGCAAACAGUCAAAAGUGUGCUGCAUUUGUAAAAAACUUUUGCCAAAAUCUUACAGCAUGCAAGUUCACAUGAGAUCCCACUCAGAUCUGCGCCCUCACAAAUGUCCUCAUUGUGGGCAGAUGUUCAAGAACAUCUAUGAUAUGAGAAAGCACAUUGUAAAGAUAGUGUGCAAGGUGCUGCGAGCUAAGCCUGAAGAGGCCCAUGCCCAGGUACAUGCACUCACCCACAGCCCUCUACACUGCACUGAGUGCAGUAGGAUGUUUGCAGACCCAGAAAAGCUGGACAGGCAUAAGCUGGUGCACAAGCCUUUGAAAUGCACCAUGUGUGAAAACAGCUUCAACGGUGUCCAGCCACUCAAGAAACACUAUCUGGAUGUUCAUAAAUUCAGCGGGCCAUUCCUCUGCACCUACUGUGAGAAAAGCUACACUGAUUUAGCAGCACUCCUCAGACACGAGAGGACUCACACCGGAGACCUCCCAUACCAGUGCUCCCACUGUCCAAGGAAGUUCAACUUAUCAGCGGUUCUUGUCGAACACGAGAGAAUACACACAGGAGAGAAACCAUGCCUUUGCUGGGAGUGUGGAAAGGGCUUUAUCAACAAUGCAAAACUGAAAAUGCACAUGCUAUGUGUUCACAGAAAACCUGAAGAUAAACACUUCUCCUGCUCUCAGUGUGACAAAUCUUAUGCGUUACAAAGGACGUUACAAGGCCAUGUGGCGAGACAUCAUGCUGGGGUGCGUUAUCCCUGCACAUACUGCGGUAAGCUGUUUCUCAGCAUGUCCUCAUUGACAAGGCAUGAUCUGAUUCACACUCAGGAGAGGCCUUUUAAAUGCAACGUGUCUGAGUGCGGCAAAAGUUUCAAAUCGAAAUCUGAAGUGAAGGUACACAUGAGAUACCAUACUGGAGAGCGGCCAUUUCAGUGUAAAGUCUGUGGGAAGGGUUUUACUCAAAACUGUUAUCUUACUCGACACAUGCGAACUCAUACGGGGGAGAAGCCGUAUCCGUGUUCUGUCUGUGGGAGAAACUUUUCUGACUCUAGGAAACGGAAAAGACACAUGAUGACUCACACUGGAGAGAAGCCCUACAAAUGUUUAAAAUGCGAGAAAGCUUUCAGUCGGACAGAACUUUUGAAAGCACAUGACAAGAAAGAACACUGAGCAAAUUCAAGUCGAGAUUUAUUUUUUAGCUUAGAAUUGUUUUGGUAUAGAUGUUAGUAAUUAAAAAUGUUGUUCCACACACGUCUCCAACUCAAUCAUCGACAAGACAGCCUACAGGGAGGGGGUGAGAGCCCAGGUGGAGUGGUGCCAGGA